UGAUGAUGAAGACGAUGAUGGAGCCGCGCGUCCGAGUGAGUCCGGCUCAGUGAGGCGCGCCGCGGCUCCGACGAUGCCCACAACAGCAGCAGCGUCCCCUCGGAGGACUUUUCACCGCCAUCAUCACCACUGACGGAAUUUGAUCUUUUCCCACCACGACCUUGCCAAAGUUGCCACAUUUUUCCGGGAUGGGGGGCGGCAUGAAUGAAUGACGGUUAAAACAGGUGGGCGGACGGAAGCACACAGGAGACUUACCGGACCGGGCGACACUUUUUAUUUUUUUGGACCGGUGUGGAUGCGACUUCUCCCGCCAACAUCAGAUCCCACGUCCCGGGCUGGAGGAGGAGGAUUAUAGGCGAGGGAAUAGCGGGACACUCGGGAUUAGGAGAAAGAUGUGAAGAGCCUCGCGACGCUUGGACGGACAAGUUAGCCUGCAGUGGUGUCCAUCCGUAUUCCUUCCUUUGUGUCUUCUCCCUAAAAAUGAAGGCUUCCUCACUUGAAUCCAUAAUGGGAUUGUUGAUGCCUUUGCUAGCCUUGUGGCUCCUUGCGCCCCCCGCUGGCUGCGGCGCCCAGACAUUCACUAGCUUCCACCCGGAGCGGCGGGACUGGUUCCUAAACCACCUGACCGUACACCAAACCACAGGAGCGGUGUACAUCGGCGCUGUCAACCGCGUCUACAAGCUCUCGGGCAACCUGACCCUCCUGGUGUCCCACGACACGGGCCCCGAGGACGACAACAAGGCCUGCUACCCGCCCCUGAUCGUGCAGCCCUGCUCUGAGCCCCUGGUGUCCACCAACAAUGUCAACAAGCUGCUCCUCAUCGACUACUCGCAGAACCGUUUGCUAGCGUGCGGCAGCCUCUACCAGGGCGUCUGCAAACUCCUCAGACUGGACGACCUGUUUAUCUUAGUGGAGCCCUCGCACAAGAAAGAGCACUACCUCUCCAGCGUCAACCAAACUGGGACCAUGUACGGGGUCAUCGUGCCGUCGCAGGGCCAGGACGGCACCCUGUUUAUUGGGACGGCGGUGGACGGUAAACAGGAUUACUUCCCGACCAUCUCCAGUCGAAAACUUCCUCGCGACCCUGAAUCUUCCGCCAUGCUCGACUACGAGUUGCACACAGACUUCGUGUCCUCGCUCAUUAAGAUACCGUCCGACACGCUAGCGCUGGUGUCCCACUUUGACAUCUACUACGUGUACGGCUUCGCCAGCGGCAGCUUCGUCUACUUCCUGACCGUGCAGCCCGAGACGCCGGAAAACGGCAUGUCGUCCAGUGGCUCGGCCAGCGACCUUUUCUACACCUCACGCAUCGUCCGCCUCUGCAAGGACGACCGCAAGUUCCACUCCUACGUCUCGCUGCCCAUCGGUUGUGUGAAGAACGGCGUGGAGUACCGCCUACUACAGGCAGCCUACCUGGGCAAGCCGGGCCGCUUCCUGGCCGCCUCGCUUCACAUCAACGCCCAGGACGAUGUGCUCUUCGCCGUCUUCUCAAAGGGACAGAAGCAGUUUCACCGGCCGCCCGACGACUCGGCGCUUUGCGCAUUCACCAUCCGCGACAUCAACGCGCGCAUCAAGGAGCGCCUGCAGUCGUGCUACCAGGGCGAAGGACACUUGGAGCUCAACUGGCUGCUUGGGAAGGACGUGCAGUGCACUAAAGCGCCCGUGCCCAUCGACGACUCCUUCUGCGGCCUAGACAUCAACCAGCCUCUUGGCGGCUCCCAGCUGGUGACCGGGCUCACCCUCUACACCGAGACCCGCGACCGCAUGACCUCCGUCAUCUCCUACGUCUACAAUGGAUACUGCGUGGCCUUUGUGGGCACCAAGAGUGGACGUCUGAAGAAGAUCCGCGUGGACGGUCCCCCUCACGGCGGCGUGCAGUACGAGACGGUGGCGGUCAUGAAGGACGGCAGCCCCAUCCUCCGAGACAUGGCCUUUUCGCUGGACCGCGCUCACCUGUACGUCAUGUCGGAAAGACAGGUGACCCAGGUUCCCAUUGAGUCAUGUGAGCAGUAUGGGACGUGCGGCGAGUGCCUGAGCUCCGGGGACCCGCACUGCGGCUGGUGUGUACUACACAACGUAUGCUCCCAGAGGAACCGCUGUGAUCGCGCCAACGAGGCGUACCGCUUCGCCGCCUCCCUGGACCAGUGUGUGAAGGCCACCGUGUACCCAGAUAGCAUCGCUGUGUCCGAGCCCAGCGUGCCGUUGUUGGUGAAGGUCAGCGACGUUCCGGACCUUUCGGCGGGAAUCACCUGCUCCUUUGGCAACCUGACGGAGGUGGACGGCCAGGUGAACGGCAACCAGAUACUGUGCGUGUCCCCCACCGCCAAGGACGUCCCCCUCAUCCCUACCGACCAAGAUUGGUCGGGCGUGGAGCUGAGGCUCAAUUCCAAGGAGACGGGUCAGAUGCUCAUCAGCACCGAGGUCAAGUUUUACAACUGCAGCGUCCACCAACUGUGUCUGUCAUGUGUGAACAGCGCCUUCCGCUGCCACUGGUGCAAGUACCGCAACUUGUGCACCCACGACCCCUCCAGCUGUUCCUUCCAGGAGGGAAGAGUCAACGCCUCAGAGGACUGUCCCCAGCUGGUGCGCUCCGAGGAGAUCCUGAUCCCGGCGGGGGAGGUGAAGCCCAUCACGCUGAAAGCCAAGAACCUGCCACAGCCGCAGUCGGGCCAGCGGGGCUACGAGUGCAUCCUUCACAUCCAGGGGGUCAGCCACCGGGUCACCGCCCUGCGCUUCAACAGCUCCAGCGUGCAGUGCCAGAACAGCUCGUAUUUGUACGAGGGCAUGAGGAUCAGCGAGCUGCCUGUGGAUUUCUCUGUGGUUUGGAACGGCAACUUCAUUAUUGACAACCCGGAGAACAUUCAGGUGCACUUAUACAAGUGCGCGGCCCAACGGGACAGCUGCGGCGUGUGCCUGAAGGCCGACAGGAAGUUCCAGUGCGGCUGGUGCAGCGGCGAGGGGAAGUGCACCCUGCGGCGCCACUGCCCCCCCAUGAACCCUUACACCACACGCUGGCUCAACCUGUCCAGCAAGAACGUCAAGUGCACCAACCCGCGCAUCACCGAGGUGACCCCAGUGGCUGGACCCCCCGAAGGAGGUACAAGAGUAACCAUCCAUGGCACCAACCUGGGUCUUUCCUUCUCGGAUGUGGUGGGCAAAGUGGAGGUGGCGGGCGUGAGGUGUGCUCCUGUGCAGGACGGCUACAUCAUCGCUGAACAGAUUGUGUGUGAGAUGGAUGCGGCCCCCGCUGAGAGUCGACCCGGUCCGGUCCAGCUUUGCGUCGGGGAGUGCAGACCUGAACUCAGAGCUCGAUCCAAUCAGCUCUACUCCUUUGUGACACCCACCAUCGCAGGUGUGAUACCCAGCAGAGGCCCAGAGUCCGGGGGCACCAAGGUCACCAUCAUGGGGGAGAACCUCGGCGCCGGCAGCAACGUUAGCGUUCAGUUUGGAAACCAGACGUGCGAGUUCUUUAGUCGAACCAUGACAGAAAUAGUCUGCUGCUCCGCGCCAUCCCUGUCGGGCGUCGGCCUGGUCCAGAUCAGCGUGAGUGUGGACCGCGCCAAAAUCCGGGAGAGCCUCACUUUUGAGUACAUCGAUGAUCCCACCGUUGUGCGCAUUGACCCCGACUGGAGCAUCGCCAGUGGCCACACCCCCCUGAUGGUGACCGGCACGAACCUGGAUGUGGUUCAGGAGCCCAGGAUCCGGGUCAAGUACGCCGGCAAGGAGUCUGUCAAUGUAUGCAAAGUGUUGAACACCACCAGCAUGCGCUGCUCGGCUCCCUCUCUGGUGGAGGACUACCAUCCCGGCCCGGACACGGUCAAGCACGCCGACGAGUUUGGCUUCAUCUUCAACAACGUGCAGGCGCUUCUGGUCUACAACAACACUAACCUGCUCUACUACCCCAACCCUUACUUUGAACCUCUCAGCACGACUGGAGUCCUGGAGCAAAAGCCAGGUUCUCCCAUCAUUCUCAAGGGCAGAAACCUGCUACCCCCGGCCUCAGGGGGAGUGAAGCUUAACUACACGGUGCUGAUUGGAGAGACCCCCUGCUCGGUGACCGUGUCCGACAGCCAGCUGCUGUGCGAGCCGCCCAACCUCACCGGACAAUACAAAGUCAUGGUCCAGGUGGGCGGCCUCCACGUGUCUCCCGGCGCCGUGCACAUCAUGUCCGACAGCCUGCUCACCCUGCCGGCCAUCGUCAGCAUCGCCGCCGGCGGGGGGCUCCUCCUCAUCAUCGUCAUCCUCGUCCUCAUCGCCUACAAGCGGAAGUCGCGCGAGAACGACCUCACGCUGAAGCGCCUGCAGAUGCAAAUGGACAACCUGGAGUCACGGGUGGCCCUGGAAUGCAAGGAAGCCUUUGCCGAGCUGCAGACCGACAUCAACGAGCUCACCAGCGACCUGGACAGAGCCGGCAUCCCGCAUCUGGACUACAGGACCUACGCCAUGAGGGUGCUCUUCCCCGGCAUCGAGGAUCAUCCCGUCCUCAGAGAGCUGGAGGUGUCCGGGAAUGGCCAGCAGAACGUGGAGAAGGCCCUCAAGCUCUUUGGCCAGCUCAUCAACAACAAAGUCUUCCUGCUCACCUUCAUCCGAACUCUGGAGAUGCAGCGCUCGUUUUCCAUGAGGGACCGCGGCAACGUGGCCUCGCUCAUCAUGACCGCCUUGCAGGGACGCCUGGAGUACGCCACCGACGUCCUCAAGCACUUGCUAUCCGACCUCAUCGACCGCAACCUGGAGAGCAAGAACCACCCUAAGCUGCUCCUGCGCAGAACAGAGUCGGUUGCAGAGAAGAUGCUGACCAACUGGUUCGCCUUCCUUCUGCACAGGUUCCUGAAGGAGUGCGCCGGCGAGCCCCUGUUCAUGCUCUACUGCGCCAUCAAGCAGCAGAUGGAGAAAGGACCCAUCGACGCCAUCACCGGCGAGGCACGCUACUCCCUGAGCGAGGACAAGCUCAUACGACAGCAGAUCGAGUACAAAACGCUGAUCCUGAACUGCGUCAACCCGGACAACGAAAACAGUCCGGAGAUUCCGGUGAAAGUGCUCAACUGCGACACCAUCACCCAAGUGAAGGAGAAGAUCCUGGACGCCGUCUACAAGAACAUGCCCUACUCUCAGCGCCCCCGUGCCGUCGACAUGGACCUCGAGUGGCGCCAAGGACGUAUGGCUCGCGUGGUGCUGCAGGACGAAGACAUCACCACCAAGAUAGAAAACGACUGGAAGAGACUCAACACGCUCCUGCACUACCAGGUGUCGGAUCGCUGCGUGGUGGCGUUGGUACCCAAACAGACGUCGUCCUACAACAUCCCGCCUUCAGCCAGCAUAUCACGCUCCUCCAUCAGCAGAUACGACUCUUCGUUCCGCUACACCGGCAGUCCAGACAGCCUCCGGUCCCGCGCUCCCAUGAUCACGCCCGAUCUUGAGAGCGGCGUGAAAGUGUGGCACUUGGUCAAGAACCACGAGCACGGAGACCAGAAGGAAGGAGACCGCGGCAGUAAGAUGGUCUCUGAGAUCUACCUGACCAGGCUGCUUGCCACCAAGGGAACGCUCCAAAAAUUUGUGGACGACCUGUUUGAGACGUUGUUCAGCACCGUCCACCGAGGUAGCACGCUGCCGCUGGCCAUCAAGUACAUGUUCGACUUCCUGGACGAGCAGGCCGACAAACACGGCAUUCACGACACCGACGUACGUCACACGUGGAAGAGCAACUGCCUUCCGCUGCGUUUCUGGGUGAACGUGAUCAAGAACCCUCAGUUUGUGUUUGACAUCCACAAGAGCAGCAUCACGGACGCCUGCCUGUCUGUGGUCGCUCAGACAUUCAUGGAUUCUUGCUCCACUUCUGAGCACCGCCUGGGCAAAGACUCGCCGUCCAAUAAGCUGCUCUACGCUAAAGACAUCCCCAAUUACAAGAGCUGGGUGGAGAGGUACUACGCCGACAUCAACCGACUGCCAGCCAUCAGCGACCAGGACAUGAACGCAUACUUGGCGGAGCAGGCCAGGCUGCACUCCAGCGAGUUCAACAUGCUGAGCGCCCUCAACGAGAUCUACUCGUACAUCAGCAAGUACAGCGAGGAGAUCACGGCGGCCUUGGAGCAGGACGACCACGCCAGGAAGCAGCGUCUGGCCUACAAGGUGGAGCAGCUCAUCGGUGCCAUGUCCCUCGAGAGUUGAGGGCGGCUGUACAAGGGCAGGGACUGCUGCGGAUCCUUUCCAGGUCUCGCAAUACGGGAUCGCUUCAGUUCGCGUCCCCGAACGCCGUCCAUCGUGGCACAUGACCCUCGAGGUUCUAAACGAGGAUGGAGCAUCAGCAUGGAAGGACUUAUUUAUUUAUUGAUGUUGUUUCCCGGGACAUUAGUGUGUGCGCAGGUGUGUGUGUGUGUGUGUGUGUGUGUGUGGGAUAAAAGAUCUCAUGCUGGACUUCUGCAUUCAGAUUUUAUUUUUGUACUUUGUCGACCUUUGAUUCCCAACCACCGAGGAUUCCCAAGGAUUCCGGCACCCUCCUUCGAAUGGAAGUAGGACAAAAGAUGAAAGGAAAGGAACGGAGGCGGCAUGCUAGCAUGGAGACAUCGACGAGUCCACCAGGCGAACCCUUGACGAGUCCGCCUGUUAAUGUAGCAGCGUCGAUGAAGUGAAUGUAGAGAACUUCCGGGACAUUUUAUGGAGCUCAGCAAGAGCUUCCCAGACCUCAAAAGCACUUCCCUGCACCACCAAAAUCCUCCGUUUUGCCGCACCCCUUUGCUUCUUCUUGUGCUUUGUUUGCAAGCACACGUGUCCACCAUCCGUCCGUCAAGCGACCGAUCCAAGUGCCAACGCGUCGAGCCGGCGAAUCACAGUCUUCGAUAGGACCGCCGCAGAUGUCUUGGUGUAGUUUGACCGAGUGCCAAAAUCGGUUUAUGCUUUACAAGUGGAAUGUCGAGCACGCCGAGGUGACGGUACGAAACGUGACAGACUGUUGCAUCAGAGCGAGCUUCCAGUUAGUUUGUGGGGUUUUUCUUCUAAGCGUUCCAGUACUAUUUUGUCCAAGUAUAAUGCCGUAACCAGCUGCACUACCGGGUCAAACAUGUCCAACACUGCAGUUCUUGUUGAGUGUUCUUCAGGACUUAUGGAGUUAGGAGGACUUCAACUGCCUCUAUGGGAGGUACCAAAAUACUUCUGCAAGACAAAACCGCUUUGCAGAAAUAGCGCAUCAUAGCUAACUCUAUUCCUACCUCCACACCUAACCCCAACCCCAACCCUUAUGCUGACACCAGCCCUAACCCUUACCUCUAACCCUAGCGCUAAACCUAACCCGAGACCCAUACCAAACCCCAACCUCUACACCAAACCAGGCCCUAACACCAACAUCAACCCUAACAGCAAACAAAACCUUAACCCCAGCCCCAACCGUAACCCUGACCCCAGCCUGAACCCUCGCCUUAAGACCCCACCAAGUCAUAAGCCCACCCCGGCCCAAACACUAACAUCUGAAACCCUGAAGAGCACCACUGCCUCACAACAAGAAGGUCAUCGGUUUGAUUCUGUCUCCGGACAACCUUUCUGCGUGGGUUUUUCCCCGGGUACUCCCACUUUUUAACGACAGUGUCUUCCCAAGCUCGGCGCCUAAGUAUUGCAUCCUCGUCAUACCUCACGUUGCUUUCACACAAACUGGACCUAAAUGCCUUCUUCCCCUCUUCCAAGGGAUGGAAAUGUUUGUCUCAAUGUACUCCGAGGCUUUUCAUUCUAACCGACCCUCCCGAGUCUUUUUAGUUCCUGCUUUGCUGUAUUAAAAAUGUUUUUAGUUGCACCGGCACUUCCAUUAGUGCACCUCUUGAAACAUCUUUUCCUUGUUUGCUUCCUUUCCAUUCACGCUGAAGCUCGUUUGUUUUUAUUCUUCCUACUUGUGUGUGAGCAAAAUCAGUUCUCCACGACACGACCUCGAGCUGUUUGCUCACUAAAAGAUUCCUUGUGUUUCUUUUUCUUCUUUGUCGAAGGGCUGGCUCGUGUCGUUCCAUCCACCAAACAAAACUCUGCAUUUCUUUUUUUUUUAUGAGCAGAGGCAUCAAUGUAUUCCACCCCCCCCCCCAGUAGGAAACAAGUAUCCACACCUUGUAAAAGAACCCCUUUGUAGACACUGGACUCCUGUAAGAUAAUAAUAAUUAUUAGUGACAAUGAUGAUAAGAAUUGCUGUCUGUCUUUGUUAUUUUAUAUUCAAAAGGUGUUGUGAAAAUUGUAAGAAAAUUAAGGUAUUUAACUUGGGUUUUUUUUGGUUGAUUGAAUUUGUUUUUGGUAUGAUAAUAUAUUAUUGUGUACUUAUUGUAAAUAUGAAGCACACCUAUUUUGCAAGCCAAGGAUUCACUUUGUACCAUUGUUAUAUAUGAAUAAACUUUGCUGGUUUAAACGUGCGUUCACGUCCUU